UCCUGUGGCAGCUCUUUCCCCCCGGUUUGCGCCCCCCACUCCGUGUGACCCCCCCUUCAGGCCGCUGCCGGGCCCUGCGCUGAGGCCUAGGGCGGCUGUCGUGAGGGGAACGGGGGGCUGCUGGUGCUUGCAGGGAUCCUCGCCAGCCCACCCUCACCAGGGUGUCCAUGUCCACUGUGGGAGAUAUGCAUGUGUCCCCGGCCCCCCAGAGCCGUGGGGUGAUUUGGAGCGAGGUCAGGAGCGAAGGCCUGUCCCCCCAUGCGUGGGGCAGCCACCAUCCCCUCAGGAUACGGUAAGACGUCUGCCGGGGACGCAGCCCUGGCAGCCAACACGGCGUGAGAUGAGUUCCCCUGACACCACACAAGCUGUCUACCUGUGCAUCAAGGACGUCACCAACAGAAGAGUGGAGAAGACUUCAAAGUAUCAUGCAGCAGCUCAAGGAAAAAAAAGGGUGUUUCCUCAUCUCCUGGCAUCUUUUUUUGGCGUGAUGACAGCCCGUACUGGCUGUACGUGCCCUCUGCAGGCGUCACUUUUCGGGCACGGAUGACGCAUUUCAUGGACAAGCCGCGUUUCCUUAAUUGCAUUUGUGCAUCAGAAGCUUCUGCCAAAAUUUCAGAGAAUGGGCAGUGUUCUGAAGGCAGGUUUUUUGCAAGAAGAUGAAGGUUUUGUAGUUCAUCAUCCGGACGCCGCAGAAACGGGUGGUUUUCAUGGCAGAGCUCAAGGUCUGGCGAUGUCUCGGUGGCCCUGCUGGCUCUUUGCCUGCUGCAGCCCAGGGCUCCGGUUACCUGCGGGCAGCCCUGCCUGCACAGCCACAUCAGGAGCUGCACGAGUAAUCAGUUACUGGAAAUGAGGACAGACUCCUCUUCGCAGAGACUGAAAGGAUUAGGGCUGCUUUGUUCCCCGAGCUGACACACAAGAAGGGAGAUGACGGAUGGCUGCAUAGAGACUGAUUUGAGCACCGUGAAGAGGGAAAACUCCGGAGGAGAGCUGCAACUGUCUCACCCGCAGCCUUGGUCCUCCGGAUAUCUCCACUCCUUGCAGCGCAGGGCCAUGGAUUUCCCCCAGCACAGCAAGCAAGUCCUGGAACAGCUGAACCAGCAGCGGCAGCUGGGUUUGCUGUGCGACUGCACCUUCGUGGUGGACGGCAUCGACUUCAAGGCCCACAAAGCCGUGCUGGCAGCCUGCAGCGAGUAUUUCAGGAUGCUUUUUGUCGACCAGAAGGACGUGGUGCACCUCGACAUCAGUAAUGCGGCAGGCCUGGGUCAGGUUUUGGAAUUCAUGUACACGGCUAAGCUAAGCCUAAACCCCGACAACGUGGAAGACGUGCUGGCUGUGGCGGGUUUCCUCCAGAUGCAGGAGAUCGUCAGCGCUUGCAACGCUCUCAAGUCUCUUGCCAUGCCGGCAGAAAGCCUCACCGAGAGCCAGCAGCCCCCCGCUGAGAUCGCAGCUGACAAGGCAACCGUUGAGGACAAGACGUCAGCAGCAGAAGCACUGGGUGAUCUUGACAAAAUAAAACCAGUUCCUCCCAACCUGGAGGUGAAGGAAGAGACGCCCAUGGCUGCAGCAGCACAGCCUGAGGCACAGACGGAGCACCUGGGUGGCCAAGAAGGGGCAGAUGCUGCCAUCCAAGAGGGCCCCAAUGCUGAAUUUCCCAGCCACCCUCAGCCGGUGGAGAACGUGGUUGGCAGCAGCAGCCUCGCAGCGAAGGGCAACAUCUCUCGGGGCGCCGAAACAGGAGAGAUGGAGCUGGAAGGGAAGGAGGAAGAGGGGGAGAUGACAGCAGAGGAGGAAGAGGAGGCUAAAAUCCCUGAGGAAGAGCAGCCCCGGUUAGAAAAUGGAGAAAAUGCCGAAGAUAACGAAUCAGGGAGCACUGAUUCCGGGCAGGAAAACUCGGGUGAAACCCGUCUGCUGCGUUCGGGUACUUACAGCGACAGGACUGAGUCGAAAGCCUACGGCUCUGUCACGCACAAGUGUGAGGACUGCGGGAAGGAGUUUACCCACACCGGUAACUUCAAGCGGCACAUCCGUAUCCACACUGGCGAGAAACCCUUCUCCUGCAGGGAGUGUAACAAAGCCUUCUCUGACCCAGCUGCAUGUAAAGCCCAUGAGAAGACGCACAGCCCGUUGAAGCCCUACGGCUGCGAGGAGUGCGGGAAGAGCUACCGCCUCAUCAGCCUGCUGAACCUCCACAAGAAACGGCACACGGGGGAGGCCAAAUACCGCUGCGAUGACUGCGGCAAGCUCUUCACCACCUCCGGCAACCUCAAGCGGCACCAGCUGGUCCACAGCGGAGAGAAACCAUACCAGUGUGACUACUGCGGGCGCUCCUUCUCCGAUCCCACCUCUAAAAUGCGGCACCUGGAGACCCACGACACCGACAAGGAGCACAAGUGUCCCCACUGCGACAAGAAAUUCAACCAGGUGGGGAACUUGAAGGCUCACUUGAAGAUUCACAUCGCAGAUGGGCCCCUGAAGUGUCGGGAGUGCGGCAAACAGUUCACCACUUCAGGCAACCUGAAACGGCACCUCCGAAUCCACAGUGGGGAGAAACCCUACGUCUGUGUCCACUGCCAGCGUCAGUUCGCCGACCCCGGGGCACUGCAGCGACAUGUCCGCAUCCACACUGGAGAGAAGCCGUGCCAGUGCUUGAUCUGCGGGAAAGCCUUCACCCAAGCGAGCUCCCUCAUUGCCCACGUGCGCCAGCACACGGGGGAGAAGCCCUACGUCUGUGAACGCUGUGGCAAGAGGUUCGUGCAGUCAAGCCAACUGGCCAACCACAUCCGCCAUCAUGAUAAUAUCCGACCCCACAAAUGCACCGUCUGCAACAAAGCCUUCGUUAAUGUGGGCGAUCUCUCCAAACACAUCAUUAUCCACACCGGGGAGAAGCCAUUCCUGUGUGACAAGUGCGGCCGGGGCUUCAACCGGGUGGACAACCUGCGUUCCCAUGUGAAGACGGUCCAUCAGGGCAAGGCGGGCAUCAAAAUCCUUGAGCCGGAGGAAGGUGACGAGGUCAACAUCGUCACAGUGGCUUCUGAUGACAUGGUGACACUGGCCACCGAGGCGCUGGCUGCCACUGCUGUCACACAGCUCACGGUGGUCCCCGUAGCGGCCGCAGUGACGGCAGACGAGACUGAAGCACUUAAAGCUGAGAUCACCAAAGCAGUGAAGCAAGUGCAAGAAGCAGACCCCAACACCCAGAUCCUCUACGCCUGUGAUUCCUGUGGGGAAAAAUUCCUGGAUGCUACCAGCCUGGCGCAGCACGUCCGCAUCCACACGGCCCAAGCCCUUGUCAUGUUCCAGGCCGACACAGACUUUUACCAGCAAUAUGGAACUGCUGCUGCUUGGCAAACGGAGCAGGUCAUUCCCACCGGAGAACUCCUCUUCCGAACCCGCGACGGCCCCCCCGAACCCCCCGCUGCCCCCCUGGCCCCCGCACCCACAACCGGGGAGGGUCAGCCCCCCGCAGAGUGACUCCCCCUCGCCUUUAUUUAAAAGACAGCUGCUUGGAAAUGGUGUAAAAAGUGUAUUUCUGGAAGGAGAAAGAUGGAAUAAAUUGCAAUAUUUUCUAA